AUGGAAACUUACACACGUAUAUGCAAGGAAUCCAACUUCCAUCUCAACAUCGAAGUGUCAUCUCCGUUUCUAACAACUCCAUUCUGGCUAUAUUCCACUCAAGUUCACACUCAAUUAUCAAAUUUCAACAAAAACUUCAACCCUCAUUCCAUUAUUACCUCAAAUUUCAACGACAUCAUAAACUCAGAUUUCCAUGAUUUCAACCUGAUCUACACAGAUGCAUCAAAAAACAUAACAGGCACAGGCUGUGCAUUCAUUUCCGGAUCCGUAAAAAAACUAUACAAACUACCUACUGAAGCCAGCAUCUUCACAGCAGAAAUAACCGCCAUCAAAGAAGCAACUAUCUACGUCGAAUCCACCCACAUAAAAAAAGCCCUUAUCAUAAGCGACUCUCUCAGUGCCUUAACUUCCUUACUAUCUCCUAAUCCGUCCAAUGAAAUCUCUCAACAAAUAAUCAAUAUUAUAGCUAACUCAAAAAAUACUAUAGAGUUUAUGUGGGUCCCGUCACAUACUGGUAUCAAAGGCAACGAAGAAGUCGACCUACUAGCGAACCAAGCUAUAUCAUCCACUGAAUCAACUGUUAUAAAUUCGCUACCAUAUAAAGACCUUUCAAGAAUAAUCAACCUAAUCUCAAACAAACAAUGGCAAACACAAUGGGACCACACCUCGGAUAACAAAUUAAAAAAUAUAAAAAAAACCAUACAGAAAUGGCGAUCCCCCAUAAACACAACCCGUAAAGCAGAUAUCGUCACAACCAGAGCCAGAAUUGGCCACACACAUCUCACCCAUUCUUUCCUUUUCAACCAUGAUGAACAUCCAACCUGCCAUCAAUGUGACCUACCACUGACAAUUGAACAUCUCACACUCAGCUGCACCAAGUACAACCAUGAACGAAGCAUCUUAAACUUCCCCUCCAACAUCGAAGAAGCACUCGGUGAAACCAACACCGAUGCCAUCUUCAACUUUUUUAAUGCCAUCAAAGUAUCCAACCUAUUAUAA